GACGUCACACGAGCAGCCGGCCCAACAAAACAGUGAGUGGGAAAAGAGGCGGAGCCAAAGACGCACGAGUAGGGAUAGGAGAGUGUGGAGCAAGCGACGAGAGAGGAUGCAAGUCCAGAGAAGAGAGAGAUAAGAAAGCGAAGAAAGAGGCAGUGGAAAAGCUAACAAGAAGUCGUGUUUUUUUUUUGGUCAAGGACUGUCAAAAAUCGAGAUUGUUUGGUGCGUUAGACGUAGCGCGCGUCGGGUUAUCUGUCCUCCUCCAUCUGGGUGCCAUCUGCGUCUCUGGCUCGGGCUCUAGCCGCACUGGAGCGCGCAUAUGUGGGAAUGCAAACACAUGCCUGACAUAUGAAGGCGUGGAGUCACAAAAAGGAACAGGAUAAGAACGCACGAGCCGACCACCGCAGCUGUUUUUCACCCAGGACUAAAGAGUGGACUCUACUAGAGAGAAGACCUCCGAGAGACGAAGAGCCCUGCCAUGCCCGGUUCGCCUGCGGAUGCUAAGACUCAUUCCAGAUCAGCCCCCAGCCUCAGUGCCAGCUCCAGCAUGCCCCCCCUGCCCUCCGUCAACCCCAGUGGCCCCCGACCGGCCUCCUUCUCCACCACAACGUUGACCAAUGGAAACCACCAUUCCCCGCCAACCCUGAACGCGGUGCCAUCCCCACCUCAGCGCUAUAGCAACGGUCCAUCCUCUUCCUCUUCCUCAUCACUGGCCAACCAGCAGCUGCCUGCCACCUGCGGGGCACGCCAGCUGAGCAAACUCAAGCGCUUCCUAACCACGCUGCAGCAGUUUGGCAACGAUAUAUCCCCAGAGAUUGGAGACAGUGUCCGAAGCCUCGUGCUGGCCCUUGUGAAUUCGACAGUGACCAUUGAAGAGUUCCAUUCGAGACUCCAGGAAGCUACAAACUUCCCUUUAAGGCCAUUUGUCAUCCCUUUUCUCAAGGCAAAUCUCCCGUUGCUGCAGAGAGAGUUACUCCACUGUGCGCGGGCGGCCAAGCAGACCCCGGCCCAGUACUUGUCCCAGCAUGAGCACAUCCUCCUCAGCACCACCCUGGCCUCCUCUCCAGACUCCUCAGAGCUCCUGAUGGAACCACCCGAACCCGCGCCCAAGAGACCCAGCCCCAGCAGAGUCAAAGAAAACGGUUUCCACGAGCGACCGCCCCCCUCCUCGCUGGAGCCCGCCGCCAAACGCAUCUGCACCAUCAGCCCGGCCCCCCGGCACAGCCCUGCACACCCGCUUCCCCUCAGCUCGCAACUCCACCCGACCCCUCCACCCCUGCAACACUACGCCCUGGAUGACAUUGCAGCACCACACAUCCUUCACCGCGAGCACAGCCAACGCAUGCUGGAGACCCGGGACCUCAAGGACCGGCCCAGACUCCCUGGCACAAACGGAGCCUACCGCGAGGAGCCAGUGGACCACCGCCUGACAGACCGCGAGUGGGCAGACGAGUGGAGACAUCUGGAUCAUGUCUUGAACUGCAUAGUAGACAUGGUGGAGAAGACGCGGCGGUCGGUAGCUGUCCUGAGGAGGUGUCAGGAGUCAGACCGCGAGGAGCUGAACUACUGGAGGAGACGGUCAAGCGAGCAGGAGGACCCCCGAAAAGGAGGCUCAGGAUCAGCCCCCUUCUCCAAAGCACACAGCCCGCACACAGACUCUGAUUCACAGCGUGAUUUGCUAGCUCCGCGUCAAGGCUCGGCGUACGUCACUGAUGAGAUAUGGAAGAAAGCUGAGGAGGCAGUCAAUGAGGUGAAACGUCAGGCUAUGGACGAGGUGCAGAAGGCAGUAGCAGAGGCCGAACAGAAAGCUUUCGAGAUGAUCGCAUCAGAACGGGCAAAGAUGGAGAAGACUCUAGCAGAGGCCAAGAGGAAAGCCCAAGAAGACGCCAUUUUGGUCAUCAAUGAACAAGAAGACUCCAGUGAGUGUUGCUGGAACUGCGGACGGAAAGCCAGCGAGACGUGCAGCGGUUGCAACGCGGCUCGGUACUGCGGCUCUUUCUGCCAGCACAAGGACUGGGAGAGACACCACCUCAUCUGCAGCCCGGGCCUCCAAGCUCAGCCCAAAACCACCGCCACCAGCAGAGCGGCGUCGGUCUGCACUUCCACCCCCCUCAGUAUCUCGGCGGUCAAAACGCUCGACAAUAUCCCCGCAGUAUCGCCAGUUGCGGAGAAAUCAUCGGUCACUUCCAGAUCUUCCACUCCCUCAACCCCAGCGUCCAAUACCGAGACGAACGGACACUAAAAAUGACAGAUGAGCGGCCAUUUUGUUUUGUUUUUUAUUUAGGUUUUUUUUUUUUUCAAAUGUGGAAGCUAUGAAUCAGCACGGACACGGAAGAAUUUGCGGGUGAAGUUAGGAUACCAGAUAAUUUUCCGCAAACUCCUUGGCAGAUUUUAAAAGACACGCUGUAGAGGACUGUUUGAGUGAUAUGUCAACUGGGACUACUCCGGGAUUUUGGCAUCAGUCGCAUCCAUUGGACGAGCAGAUCUCAGUAGCAGAUGGAAACGUGCUUGUUAUCGUCCCCCCAAAAAAUAACUUUGAAAAAUACAAGGAGGGUGGAAAAUUCAGAUCCAUCUUUCUGACUGUGAAAGGAGGGUAUAUUGGGAAAAAAGACAUUUGAAAGACCAAUAUUUUUAAUUGUGCAUAAUUUCAAGAUAAAGAGGUGGCAAUGGUUCAAUUUAAUGGUGCAAUAUGUCACUUUUCUGGUGGAGGGUCUGCUACUUGGUUGUCUCCAUGGAGAUGUUAUUGCUUUGCCUGAAACGCAUGGUAUUAAACUUAUCUAUUUUGCAUUUAGACUGUUUAGUUUAGUUUGUAUUGCUAAAAAAUACCUUCAAAAACAUACAUUCUUACUGUGAGUGGGCUUGCUUAUCCACAGAUUUGAGUUGUAAUUUGCCACAUGCUUGUAUCCAUAGAGAUUGAUAAGUUAAUGCCAUACUGUAGAACUUUUAAAAAGAGAAAGAAGAAAGUGGCAGAUGCUCCACCAGCGAAGUUUCAUACUGCUCCUUUAAAAAGUGUAAUUAUACCAGACAUAAGCAUCUGUCCUUGUAUGUAUAUUUGCUUGCCAUUACUUCCAUUAUUGUGUGUCCGUGGAUAUUGUUAAGUAUAAUUACUUAUGUCGAAGCAAUAUUACGACUAGAAAAAUUUCAGGUUAUGACAACAUUUUGAUUUUUUUUGUUUUUGUUAUUUCUUUUCUGCAUCACCAAAGUUUGAAUUGUAAUUUCCAAAAUAUAUAGUUGUGUUCUGUCACCAAAAACAUAGUAAUCGAAUAGACACAUUUUACAAAGAUGCAGUUUUACAAGGGUUUAUAACAGGGUUUGUCCCACACAAAAUCUCAGGAGCAAGAUAUUGUAUUUGUACAGCUCAUUUUUAUCCUCAUCGGAUCUAUGUUGAAAUGUUUAGUGAUUCUCUGCUGUUCCACUUGUUCUUGUUUUUCCAUUGUCGUAUUGUAUAUUGACUUUGUACAAAAUCUAUGAGAGAAUGCCUUUAUUUUGUGAGCCACAGUCCCCCUUUCUUGUUCAUUCAAUACACUCUUUUGUUAUGAGGCGUAACUUCAUAUUAAAAGAUGUCUUGACAAUAAAUA